AGGCAUGGAUGUAAUUUGAGAGUUGAAACACAACACAUGUCUAUUUUGCGAUCCUAUAGCGGUCCAUUUUGUUUUCCCUGAUGCCUAAUCCGAGCGAGCAGUCGCCUUUCAGCGGGUCUCCGUGCCAGCGGGGUACAUAUUGCUCCGAGGGCCAGAGAGACAGGGCCGUAAGUCGCUGUCAUUACUGUGGGACCAUUCCCGACCUGAGGAAUUCAUUGGCACAAGGCAGAGGCGAAGGUGGCAGUUGCUUUUUGCAACACUUGGAUCGUAAGACCCAGGUUCCGUUCCUUGGAUCGACGGCGUGUGAUCCGGUCCACCAACCCGGGCAGCAGCAGUUCACGAGUAAGACCUCUCAGCCGGAUCUCGGCGACAGCCUUUACCUCAAGCGAGCCAUGUCGGGCCGGGGCGCCGCACCGCCUCACGGUUAUUUUUUUCCGGCCACCCCAACCGGUCAGCCACCCGAAGACCCGGGCUUUCAUAGGGAGAACCACCAACCACUCAUGAGAUCAGCCUUGCAUUACGGGCAUGGCGCGAGGGGGUUGAGGCCUCUAUGGGAUCAAGCGCAAGCCAGAGCCACACCUUCCGUGCAGGCCUCCGGUUCUCUACCUAUCCCCAUGCCCUCACCCCCGCCGCCUCCUCCCCCGCCGCCUCCUCCCCUUCCUGUCCAAGAGCUGAGCCGUUUGUACAGGGAAACUCUGGGAUCUAAGAUUAUCUUGGACGCUCAGCGUAUUGCCGGCAGCUCUCCUUCACCUGCAAUCUACGGACCUCAGCCCCAUCUUUCCAAUUACACCGCCGAGCAGUCGUCUGUCUCCGCUCACCAACCAAUAAACGAUUUCAGCCGCUUGUCUCUGGAACCCCGUCAGUCGGCCGCCACCGAUUCCGCGGUGGACCCGACUUCGCAGGGAAUGGACGGCACUCUACCUCGCGCUUAUGGAGCCGUAGCUUCCCAAAGACUUCCUUAUGACCCCAACUAUGAUCCCAGCGUAGCCAUGAUGGCUUCCGCGGCAGCAAUGUCCGCCGGAUUGCCUCCUCACCACCCUGGCGCCGCGGACCCCAAGAAGAUGGCGGACCCCGCCCUCUUGGCAUUUUUGCGAGCUGAAGGUCUGGCUGAGAGUACGAUCACUCUCCUGCUGCAACAUGGCUUUGAUUCCUUCUCCGUGCUGGGUAUGAUGGAGGACCACGACGUCCGUUCCGUCGCCCCGAACUUGGCGCAGGCCCGCGUUCUUUCCCGCAUCGUGCAGAGUUCCAAGAACGGCGGAGCGGCACCGCGUACCCGAUCCAACAGCUUCAGCCACCGCAACGACUAUUACGUGCAGCCUCAAGGUUUGACCAUGGAUGCCGGCCUGAUGCAGCAGCCUCCAACCGCUGUCCAAGCGGCGUCUCCCAGAUUGGGAGAAUUUCUCGGGAGGAGACCCAGCAGCGCUCCGUCCCAACACCUUUUGGAGACCACCGCUUACCCAGCACCGCGCCCCCUGGCGGCUGGAGCUUUACCAAUCAGCCCCGCAGGAUAUAGCCAUGCUGUCAGCCAAGGAAGACCCUUUUCCAUGUACAAUGCCCACACUGGCCUCGCCAUGUCUGCUCUUGGCCAACAGCCCCCACCUGCCCCAGGAACUCCUGGAGCUGCGCCUAAAACCUACUCGGGCUCUUAUUCCCCCAUUGAGCUGAUGAAAAGAGCCCCCAACCUUCCCCCGGCGUCACCGGUAGCUACUCCAAGCCCCCUUCACAGCCCGCAACUCCUCCGGAAAGGGAUGAAUGCCGCUCCUGAGAGUAACGUCGUUGCCUCGGCUUCCUCCGCUGCUCUCCAAGCGCAUAACCCCAACGCCACCAAGUUGGUCGGACGCCGCACUGGUCCACCCGUCAUUGUGUCAACCAUGACCACAACACCUGACACAAGUAUCCGGCCCCAAAUAAUGAACGGGCCCAUGCACCCGCGCCCGUUGGUGGCGCUGCUGGAUGGGCGCGACUGCACCGUGGAGAUGCCCAUCCUCAAAGACUUGGCCACCGUCGCCUUUUGCGACGCGCAGUCCACGCAGGAGAUUCACGAGAAGGUGCUGAACGAGGCGGUGGGGGCCAUGAUGUACCACACCAUCACCCUGACCAGGGAGGACCUGGAGAAGUUCAAAGCACUGCGCAUCAUCAUCCGCAUCGGCAGCGGAUACGAUAACAUCGACAUUAAAGCCGCCGGAGAGCUCGGCAUCGCCGUGUGCAACAUCCCGUCGGCGGCCGUGGAGGAGACGGCCGACUCCACCCUGUGCCACGUGCUCAACCUGUACCGGCGGAACACGUGGCUCUACCAGGCUCUCCGGGAGGGCACGCGGGUCCAGAGCGUGGAGCAGAUCCGGGAGGUGGCGUCCGGCGCCGCGCGCAUCCGCGGGGAGACCCUGGGCCUCAUCGGAUUUGGUCGAUCGGGGCAGGCGGUGGCGGUGCGCGCCAAGGUGUUCGGCUUCAACGUGCUGUUCUACGACCCGUACCUGCAGGACGGGCUGGAGCGCUCGCUGGGCGUGCAGCGCGUCUACACGCUGCAGGACCUCCUCUACCAGAGUGACUGCGUCUCUCUGCACUGCAACCUCAACGAGCACAACCACCACCUCAUCAAUGACUUCACCAUCAAACAGAUGCGUCAGGGAGCAUUUCUGGUGAACACAGCCCGGGGCGGCCUGGUGGACGAAAAAGCCCUGGCCCAGGCCCUGAAGGAGGGCCGGAUACGUGGGGCCGCCUUGGACGUCCACGAGACCGAGCCCUUUAGCUUUGCUCAAGGCCCCCUGAAAGACGCGCCCAACCUGAUCUGCACGCCUCACACGGCCUGGUACAGCGAGCAGGCGUCUUUGGAGAUGAGGGAGGCCGCCGCCACCGAGAUCCGAAGAGCCAUCACGGGCCGCAUCCCGGACAGCUUAAGAAACUGCGUCAAUAAGGAGUUCUUCGUCACCACGACGCCCUGGGCCGCAAUGGACCAACCGGCUGUUCACCCCGAACUCAACGGCGCCGCCUACAGAUACCCGCCAGGCGUGGUGGGCGUGGCUCCGGGCGGCCUCCCCGGGGCAUUCGAGGGCAUGGUGCCCGGCGGCUUGCCCGGUGCCCACACCCUGCCCUCGGGGACGCACCCCUCGCAGGCCCCGUCGCCCAACCAGCCUUCCAAACACGGCGAGCCCAGAGAGCACCUCACCGAGCAAUAGCGGCCAGAAGGGACCACGAGCCCCCACCGCCCCCCCUCCCCCCAUCCCUCCUCAUCUAACGCCCAACCGGGACCAAGAGACAGUGCCCCCAUUCUGACAGGUGCCGGUGGAAUUUGUAUUUUUAUUGUAUUGAUUUUUGAGGUAGGAUUGGCGGGCAACCACGGUGGACUUUGUUUUUGGAACAUGCAUCAAAC